AUGCUUCGGGCUUGUGUUAUGGAUUUUUGGGUUAAUUGGGAGGAUCACCUACUAUUGGUCGAAUUUGCGUACAACAAUAGCUACCAAUCUAGUAUUGGGAUGGCAUCGUAUGAAGCUUUGCAAAAGAGUUAUGCCGAUCUUCGUCGCCGACCAUUAUCAUUUAAAGUGGGAGAUCAUGUGUUUCUUAAGGUGUCGCCGCGUCCGGGACUAUCUCGUUUUGGACAAAGGGGCAAACUUUCACUGCAUUUUAUCAAGCUAUUUGACAUUAUCAAGAAGAUUGGAGAAGUCGCGUAUCGAUUGGCCUUACCCCCGAGAUUAUCGGGCGUUCAUGAUGUGUUCCAUGUAUCGAUGUUGCAGAAGUACGAACCGGAUCCGUCACCCAUUUUAGAGUGGUUCGAACUUGAGUUGGAAGCCGACGCAUCCUAUAGAGAGGAGCCGAUACGUAUCCUAGAUUCGCGUGAGCAAGUUCUGAGGGGUAAAACCAUUUCGUUAGUGUGA